UUUCUUCACUCGCCGCGAAGAUUUCACAGCGUUUGGGCGUGUUUUUCCGUAUCUGCCUUAGAAAAUCCACAUAUGCGGGUUCAAUUAAUUCAUAAAUACCAUACCGACAAACAGGAAGCACGCCGUCACAGUUCUGCUUUCAAUUAAGAAUAUUGAUUGAAAAACUCUCGUGAUAAAUCAAAUAAAACUGAAGUUUGAAGUGGACUUUAAAUUCGCAUGUCUCUCAUUGUACCCGUGUGUGUGUGUAUGGACAGCAUUUGUAUUUGUGCGUGAGCAAAUUAUUGUAUAAUCGCCAAAAAAAAACAAAAUAAUAAAAGCAGAAACGCCAACGCGAGAACCAAAAGCUAUAGAAUCAGAAAAACUAGCUGCCAAACGGAAUUCAGAAAAAAAAAAAAAUAAAAAACAAAAACUAAUGACUAAAGUUUGUAUUUAACUCAGUAAUUACGCCCAAACAACUACAAUCAAAAUAGUCAUUUUGGAAGAGGAACUGAAAUAAAUCCUCACUGAAAGCAGCUACCAAAAACCCCUUUUCAAUAUAUAACAUUAAACAAUAAAUAUAAAACACAUUAAAAAACUGGCUGACCUACUGAAUUUAAUAAGUACCACAGAGUCAUUAUAAUUAACUACCUACACAAAAAACAUACAUAAAACCAGUUGAGCUACUGAAAACCAGCUGAUCUACUGGAGAAGAUACGAAGACCUCUUGAGCGGCUGAAUUCAUCGAUUACCGUAUCCAUUCUAAUCCAGCAUACAUCAUGCAGGCCAUCAAGUGUGUGGUUGUGGGCGACGGAGCGGUGGGUAAGACCUGCCUGCUGAUCAGCUAUACGACCAACGCCUUUCCCGGCGAGUAUAUACCCACCGUAUUCGACAACUACUCGGCCAAUGUGAUGGUGGAUGCCAAGCCCAUCAACCUGGGACUCUGGGAUACUGCGGGUCAGGAGGAUUACGAUCGCCUGAGGCCCCUGUCCUAUCCCCAGACGGACGUGUUCCUCAUCUGCUUUUCACUGGUUAAUCCGGCCUCCUUUGAGAAUGUGCGGGCCAAGUGGUUCCCCGAGGUUCGCCAUCACUGCCCGAGUGUUCCAAUAAUCCUGGUUGGAACCAAGCUGGAUCUUCGCGACGACAAGCAGACGAUCGAGAAGCUGAAGGAUAAGAAACUGACGCCGAUCACCUAUCCCCAGGGAUUGGCGAUGGCCAAGGAAAUCGCUGCGGUCAAAUAUCUGGAGUGCUCGGCUCUGACCCAAAAGGGUCUGAAGACAGUCUUCGAUGAGGCCAUCCGAUCGGUUCUAUGUCCGGUGGUUCGAGGCCCCAAGCGACACAAGUGCGAACUGCUGUAAAACUUUGAACCCACCAAACGGAAAAAAAAAACACAGAGAAGAACAUCAAAAACUGGAGGAGAACAAAGCGCAAAAUUCUGUGCAAAAUUUUCAUAUUCAUUCGCUUUGUUGGGUUUACUGUUACCGAUAGUGUGAGUGUGUGUCUUUAGGGUGUGAGUGCGACGGCAUGAGUGUGUGAAUGAGUGAGCGUAUUUUUGUUUUUAUUGUCAUAUGUGGGGGAGCAGCAGCCACAAAAACAACAGCAACAGCUAUUAGCAAGGGGGCUGCGGGUUGGCGCGGGUCUCCGGGGGGGCAGAUCACAGAUAGAGAGAGAUAUACACAUAAACACAUAAGUAUGAUAUUGUGCAUACACGGGAAAAAUAAAUGUUGAAUAACUGUCCA